UAAAGUCAACAAUAACCUCUUGUGUUUUAACCUAGCCCCUCUAGCUUUCUAGCUUUCUACACACGUUGGAAAAGGUAUAACCACAUUCUCAUAGUAAGAUAUAGUCGUGUGUAUGCUUGCUGGUGGUACUGAUAGCUUUCCAAGCCUAUAGUAUUGGUGACUCAAGCUGCCCACUCUCCUGUGCCGUACAAACAUGGCCAUGAUGUCAAUGGUUCAUAGGAUCUAUGACAUGCCACUUGUCCAGGCGUGUUUUGAGGGCAACGUGGUUCAGUUGACCGAGCUGAUUGGUCAGCGGGAGGACGUCAAUGCUCUGGACUCUGAGAAACGCUCGCCCAUGCAUGCUGCUGCCUACUGUGGGGAAACUGAGUGUCUCUCUGCACUCAUCCAGUCAGGAGGCAAGGCUAACCUCAAGGAUGCUCAAUGGCUCACCCCCCUCCACCAUGCUGCCGCUAGAGGUCACGAGGGCACUGUCAAGGAGUUGAUGCGUAACCAAGCCGACGUGAUGGCGCGUGAUCGCACGUGGAUGACCCCACUCCACCUAGCUGCUUAUAACAACCACGUCCAAGUCGCUGAGGCCCUUAUUCCAUAUAUGGGCAACAGCCUGGAUGUGGGAGACCGCUCAGGCAAGACAGCUCUCCACCAUGCCGCCUAUAACGGGCACAUUGAGAUGGUGUCUCUGCUACUGGUGAAAGGAUGCAAUCCCAAGGCUGUGGAUAAGAGAGAGAAGACUCCACUCAACCUGGCCGCCUUCAUGGGUCACUGUGACUGCAUCAACUCUCUGGUGGGUAGUGGUGCUGAUGUCAACUCCAAGGACAAGAAACAGUACACGCCCCUCCACUCUGCCGCUGCCGGGGGACAGUCCCAUGCUGUCAAACUACUCCUGGAGCUGGGCGCUAAUGCUGACUCGAUCAACCUGUUUGGUUGUACUCCACUCCACGUUGCGUGUAACAAUGGCCAGGACAUUGUGGUGGACAUACUCCUCCAGUACAAGGUGGCCGUGAACGCACUCAACAACAAGGGCCAGACCCCCCUUCACUACGCUGCCUUCUCUCAUCACGGUGCUCUGUGUAUGGAGUUGCUUGUCAAGGCAGGGGCAGACCCCAACGUGCAGGACAGCGAGGGACGCACUCCACUGCACAUGACUGCACUGCAUGGCUUCUAUCUCAGAACUGAGACGCUCAUUAGGCACGGUGCUCGGGUUGAUGUGGCUGACAAGCAAGGGAACACUGCUCUGCACAUCGCAGCUCGUCACGGCCACGAGUCGGUUACCAAGACGCUGGUUGCCAAUGGCGCCGACCUCUUGCGUAGAGGUGCCGGUGGUAUGCUUCCCAUCCACAUGGCAUGCCUCAGUGGUUACUCUGACUGUGCGGACAAUCUCGUCCCUAAAGAUCACGACAUCUCCACGGAGGUGGAUGAUGACCACCACACUUGUCUACACGCUGCCGCCUGUGGGGGGAGCAGUGAGUGUGUGGACCUCAUCAUGCGUCUGGGAUGCUCCGUGAGUUCAAAGGACAAGUUAGGCCGCACCCCCCUCCAUUAUGCAGCGGCCACGGCUCAGUAUCAGUGUGUGCUCUCCCUCGUGGCCAGUGGUGCUUCUCUCACUGUGGCGGACAAGCUGAACCGAACACCACUCCACUAUGCUGCCACUGCUGAUGGGGACGCCAAUUGUGUGACUCACUUGUUGCGUAACUUCUCUGGCCCCACCCCCUUCACCACGGAUACCAACGGCUUCACCCCACUCCACUACGCAGCCUCGUACGGUCACAAGAUGGCCGUUCAGAUGUUCCUCGACUAUGCUCCGGGGGAGAAUCUGACGACAGCACCAUCUGACAUGGCCACAACGCCUAUGCAUCUUGCUGCGUACCACGGUCACUUUGGCAUCCUGGGGGAGCUGGUGUACAAGUAUGGUGGAUACAUCGAUAGCAAGGAUGAGAAGGGACGCACACCCCUAGACCUGGCAGGGUUCAAGGGUCACAAGGACAUAGUGGAGUACCUUCUGAGCAACGGAGCAUCCCUAUUGGUCCAUGACAUCGUGACCAAGCGUACACCUCUUCAUGCAGCUGCCUUCAAUGGACACAUGGACACGGUGCAAGCCAUGCUCAAGAAUAUGACCAGCACUGCACACAUCGACUGUGUUGACAUGCUCGGAAGGACCCCCCUGAUGCUGGCAGUGAGCAACGGCCACAAGGACGUCACUCAGCUGCUGGUAGACCAUGGUGCUCAUGUGGACUCCACUGAUAAGCAUCUCAGGACUGCUCUACACAGAGCCGUUGCCAACGGUUACGAGGAGUGUGUUGAGAUCCUCCUCCACUCUCGUGCUGACCCCACCCUCCGUGACACGAUGGGACGCACUGCCGUACAUUUUGCUGCUUCUUGUGGUCAUUAUAACCUCGUAGAGGUCCUGCUCAAGUCCGGGGGUUCACCUUCGACCCCUGACAAGCACGGCUACACUCCCGUGCACUGGGCAGCUUAUAACGGACACGAUAAAUGUCUGGAGGCUCUACUAGAGCAAAAUGCGGAUGUGACAGCUGGCAACCCCUUCUCCCCGCUACACUGUGCUGUCAUCAAUGACAACGAGUCUUGUGCUGAGCUCCUCAUGGAUCGCCUAAACAAGGAUGACAUCAACUCCACUGAUGAUCACGGCCGCACUGCCAUUCAUGCGGCUGCCUUCAACGACAAUGGCGAGUGUCUUCAGCUCUUGUUACGUCGGACUGAUUCUGCUGACGUUGCAGAUAAGCAGGGGCAGACUCCGCUAAUGAUUGCAGCACGUCACGGCCACUCGAGCACUGUCGAUCUGCUGACGUCUUGUAUGCCUCCUGUGAACCUUGACCUUGGCCAUGUGGACGAGAAUAAGAACACUGCUCUUCAUUUGUCGUGUCUCCAAGGUCACGAGGAAUGCGCCCUGGCCAUACUCGACAAGUGUCCGUAUGAUCUCGUCUACGUUGCCAAUGGAAGUGAGAAGACCCCCCUCCACAUUGCGGCUCAGUCUGGUCUGGUGCGUGUAGUGAAGGAGCUCAUAAACAAGGGCUCUGAUCUCAACGCUAGGGACGAGGACGACAACAUCCCGGCUUUGUGCUGUGCCGCCAAUGCUGACGUGGCAGAGUGCCUGGAGUGCCUCCUGCAGGCCAUGCUGGGACAGAGGGGGGUGCCCCUGUAACUACCCCCUCCUAUAGUUCGUUAGCUCGUUAGUGAAACUCUCUUCUUGAAACUGUAGCUAGUUAUGAUUAUUACGAUUUCUAUUUAAUUAAUUUGUAGGUAUUACACAUUAUUAGUAUUAAAAUAAUUAUUAUUGAAAAAUAA